AUGGCCGGCUCAUUGGAUCCUGCGCAGGUAGUAGAGAGUGCCAACUGCAUGACUCUUAUGGGAAUUUACGGUGGCUCACUCCAUAUUUCCGUCACUAUGCCGUCCAUCGAAGUCGGUACAUUGGGUGGCGUUACUAUUCUCGAACCCCAGGGAGCAGUGCUCGACAUGCUUUGUGUUCGUGGAUCCCAUCCGACCACGCCGGGCGAGAAUUUACGUCAACUUACACGCAUCAUCGGAAGUGCCGUUCUGGUGGAAGAGCUGUCUCUUUGUGCAGCUCUGGCAGCCGGUCAUCUCGUGCAAGCGCACAUGGCGCACAAUCGGUCUGCCCCGGCAUCUGCUGCCCUCUCUCGGAGUGCAUCACCAUUUGGCGGGAGUCGGAUCGCGCCCGGCCCCAGUAAUGGUCCCAAGAUGAGUGCUGCAGCAGUGGAACGGGGUAGACGCUGA